AUGGCGGACAUGGUGGGCAUAGUAGCGGCCAAAGUGGACACGGAGAAUACGGUGGACAUCACUCAAGUGGGGACUACGGAGGACAUUACAAACAUGGCGGUGACGGCCACGACCACCACAGCAGCAAGCAUGGCAAGAGCGGCCACAGUUCAGGAGGCCACGGGUACAACAACUACGGCGGAAAUCACCAAGGUAAACAUGGUCAUGGAGGCCAUGGUGGAAAGCACUUCGGCAGCGAACAUCAUGGGGGACACGGUAAAAAAGGUGGAAAGUCUGGCAACGACCACUACAAGAGCAAGGGUCACAAAAACUAUGGCCAUAAAAAUGUGUACCACAAAGAAGACUCUGAACACCACAGCCAGUACUACGAUGACUACCAUGACGGUGACCACAAGAAGAAAUACAAUCAGCACCAUGAGCAUUACGACCACAACGCCGGAAAGUCAAACCACGGACAUCACCACAAGCAGUUCCACGACAAACAUAAACACGGUGACGACUACCAUAAGCACGGCUCCGAUGGGUGGAAGCACCAUCACGACGAGCACGGUGGCAAAGGGGGACACCACUAUCACGGUAGCGGAGGACACAAACACGGUGGGGGAGGCCACAAGCACGGAUCUCACCAUCAUAGCUCAGGUCACAGUCAACACGGCGGCGGUGGACACGGAGGAGGCCAUGGCGGUGGUGGGCAUGGAGGAGGCUACGGAGGCGGUGGUCAUGGAGGAGGCUACGGAGGCGGUGGGCAUGGUGGCGAUGGCUACGGAGGAGGAUACGCUAGCAACAACGUACCAGUACUUGUGCAUAUGCCUGUAUGACAACAGCCCUCCCGAUAUUAGAAAGAGGAACAUUACAGUUAUCUGGUUGCUGUGA